AGAAAAGGGGGAGACUGUAGACCAUUCAGUCCCGCGAUGUAACGCACAGACUGCGUUCAUUCGGGACGCACUGGGGAAAAAAACUCCUUUAUUAUUUGUGCGCUACAACAAAAAGCACUUUGCUUCAACUAAUUGUUGCUCUUCAGACACACAUCGCUCCCCACUGGCUUCAUUUCCAGCGCUGCAGCAUCCUUGCAGAGUAAAGCCCCUGCUACCGAUUCCAUUUUUUUUUUCGCCAAGACUGCGUUUAGAGGUGCCAUCGACGGAACCGAGGGCUGGGCUCACAUAUGUGGGCUCCUGUCUGAACCAGCGGCGGACGGUGUCAUUGUUCAAUGUGCAUUGAGGUAACGAUGUGAAACAACAAGCAAAGGAAGUUAGGGCCGCUUUGUUUCUCUUUUUGCACGCAGAGGCGCGCAUUACUCGGGUUUAGGUGGACACGCAUAAUUAAAGAGGCAUCAGGGAUCCUUAGGACGGACUGCUGUGCAGAGGAAGAUUCGUGCUCGUCGGACGCGGCUCUGUUCACCUGGAAUACCUGAAGCUCUCCAAUGACAACUCAGCUGCACCGACCGCCGAACACUGUUGCAUGUUUUAACGACUCAUAUUUCGGUCCCCAGCGGCCCUACCCGUAGGUUUAUGUUGCGGGUUCGUUAACUGCUGAUUUUAAGCUCCCCUUCGGAUGCGAUCGGAACUCAGAACAGUUGCAUGCAACUGUCUCCUCAAAGACGAUGCAUGACAUGCAACGAUGCGCGGGACUCACAUAAUGUUCUAAUCGGGAUGACAUUUAGUUAAAACUCUCGGCGGACCGAGACCCAGAACUGACGUUUUUGUCCCGUGUGCUUGUGUACCACGCAAGGGGAGCGCAUCGAGAUCCGACCUCUGACGGCGGCGACUAUAGACUCCCUCUUUGCAGUUCGGGUUCGGGCAGAUGGCUGCUAUCGCCAGCUCCCUGAUCCGGCAGAAACGCCAGGCGAGGGAAUCCAACAGCGACCGCGUCUCUACUUCAAAACGUCGCCCCAGCCCCAGCAAAGACCCCCGCUCUCUCUGCGAGAGACAUUUCUUAGGGGUCUUCAGCAAAGUCCGUUUCUGCAGCGGCAAGAAAAGACCCGUUCGGCGGCGACCAGAUGCACCCUUGAAACCUCCACAGGUGUCCCAUAAGGGCUGCAGGCUAGAGCCACAGCUGAAAGGCAUCGUGACACGACUGUUCAGCCAGCAGGGAUUCUACCUGCAGAUGCAGCCGGAUGGGACCAUCGACGGCAGCAAGGACGAGAACAGCGACAACACCCUGUUUAAUCUUAUUCCUGUGGGUCUGAGAGUGGUGGCCAUCCAAGGGGUGAAGAGCGGCUUCUACAUCGCCAUGAAUGGCGAGGGCAUGCUCUACAGCUCGGAGGUGUUCACACCAGAGUGCAGGUUUAAGGAGUCAGUUUUUGAAAACUACUAUGUGAUCUACUCGUCCACUGUAUACCGGCAACAGGAGUCAGGCAGAGCAUGGUUCCUUGGCCUCACAAAGGAGGGGCAAGUCAUGAAAGGCAAUCGGGUCAAGAAAACUAAGCCCUCAUCUCACUUUGUGCCCAGGCCUAUUGAAGUUUGUAUGUACCGGGAGCCAUCGCUGCAUGAGAUAGAGGAGAAGCACCGCUCCAGGAAGAGCUCAGGGACUCCCACCAUGAACGGAGGGAAAGCUGUCAAUCAAGACUCCACAUAGCACCAGCUACAAGGACUUCCAGCAGGGGGGGGGGGGGGUUCAAUUUCAAUUUCACAGUUUUCAAUUUCACAACUCCCCCUGAGAUUUCUGCACCUCCAUACUCUUUUUAAAUAAAAUGAGGGCGUGGGACAAUUCCAAGGAGCUAAUACUGUACAACCAAGACAACAAAAACAAAACUGAACUCUUGCCUGUGAAAACGUUUUAGAUAUCUAUAUAUAUAUUUACAUAUAUAUAUUCUUGACCAACAUUUUAUGCAAAACUGAGAAAUAGGCUGUGAAAACAAAGGAAUUGUGGUCUCUCUUCACAUAUAUACAAACAUCUGUCAUUUCUAUGUUAUGUUGUGAAAAACAAGCUUUAAUACAUGUUCAUUUAAUUCAAGACCUUUUUCCUAAACUUUAUUGGAAUUUUUAUGCUUUACUGUAUUAUUGUUGGAAAGCAAAUCCUAAGUCAUUAUCAUUAUUACCAUCAUUACUAAUUUACUGAGCCCAAUUACUAUGAGGGUAAUAGUGGUUCAGAUUUGUUGACUUUUCAGUUAUGAGUUUUUUAUCUUACUAGAUAAUCUCAAAUGAAGGUCGAAGGUCAAGGCUGAAAGUUACUACUGGUUGGAUGUAAUUUACUCAGGUGUGUCCUGUAAGUUAGACCAAUGUGACUCAUAGGGAAUUACCUUCCCUGUGUUAUCCUGCUGUAGCAGGACAGAACUACAUCAAGCAAUAUCAUAAAGGGCAAACUGGAAUGUUAAUAAUAGUAAACUGACAACACAUUGCUGCAGCUUUUGUGUGCAAAUGAAUGACAAAGAAAGUUGCAUAGGUAGGUAAACGUAAGAAUAGGAAAAUACUAUCUUGCUACAGUUUUAAUAUGAUAGCAGAAAUUGUUCGUUUGCAAAGACGUGCAAACUUUACAAAAUUAAACAUUAAUGAUUUUUCUCCAAAGUCGCCCUGUGAUGGACUGGCGACCUGUCCAGGGUGUAUCCCGCCUCUCGCCCAUAGACUGCUGGAGAUAGGCACCAGCUCCCCCGCGACCCACUAUGGAAUAAGCGGUAGAAAAUGACUGACUGACUGACUGAUUUUUCUCCAAAAGCUGAAGGGCCGGUAAUGACCAACAUCAGUACAUUGAGCCAUUGCUGCUAAAGGUGACUUUACACUUGCACCUCAAGAGAUGCUGUUAGCUGUAUCAAAUUUUAAAAUAGAACUCUAUAUUAAGAACUAUAUGAGCAAAUCAAGAAGUGCUCUUUGACUGAAGACGUGUUGUUAUUUUAGAAUGAAAGAGAAGCUGAAUUUUGUGUAGCAGGCUUAGUGGUGAAUUAGUUAACUUUCAAGAAUUUUAAGUUUCACAACCACUUUUACAUUUAUUAUGAAAUUUUUGGGAGAUGUUUUAGCACUGACGGACAGGAUGCCUGACUGUUCAAUAAAUCACUGAUCUGUCAUGCUACUAUUUCAAUUAUAAUUGCUGUCCCAUCACAGUGAAAGCUGAAGGUUUCAUUGUGCAACCGCCCAUGUAAUGAGCCAUUUGCUGUAUUAUGAAGAGUUUAUUUUUCACAAAUCUACAUUCUUACAGGGCUGUUUAGACUUGGUGAUUUGACUGGUACACUUCAUAGUGUGUACCCUGCUAUACUCAUUCGUAGCCUCCUCUUUAGUUUAUCUAUCUCAGGAAGUUUCACAGCUGUUUCAGUGAUGGAGUGGGACUUAAAAGAUGGCGGCUUAUGGUCCAGACCUCAUUGCACAAAGCCUGGUGUUUUGUCAUGGAGGUUGACAGUGCACAGCUUAACCUAGCCAUUUUAGAAAGGCUGGAAAGAGAAAACUGACAAUGACAAAGCAUGACCAUCGCAUGACUGUAAAAGUCUCUUUAAGUUUGAGGUGAAAAUAAAAAAUAAAAAAGUUGACUUUGAGGAGCAUAUGUUCAAACAUUUUAUAUGCAACUGUUUCAGUAUUUUGGUGAGGGUUUAAACUUGGGUGGAAACCCUUGGUUGCCAUGUUGGUAGUUUGUACAGUUAAUAGCACACGUUCAGCUACACAGAGCAAAUGGCAGUGGGUGUAUCGACAUGGAUCUGGGAGGGUCUUCGACUUGGAACCCAGGCCCACAGCUGAUAUCUGCAAGAGCUAAUGGUAGAUUAGUUCAAAUUCCACUUCAUCUCCUGCAGUACUGCAUUACUGUGAAUCGUACAUUAUAAUUAAUGUGACACUGAAAGUCAAAAGGCAAGACCAGCAUAUAUGUAUCUUUUUACAGACGUUUAUAUUGUGUAAAUGAGAUAUUUGUGGAGUUAAAGCCGUGCAUGAAACUGGAUAUCUACAUUGUCAGCCGACAGCAGAAUGGACAGAUUUUGGAAAUGAAUGAAAUGAGUAAGGCGGCAAAAAACAGCAAAGCACUUUUUUGUGGGUUUAUUGAUGUAUGAUAAGUGGGGCAAAUGCUGUGGUUUUUGAAAUAUUGAAUAUAAUUUCAUAUUUUUAUGUUUGCAGAUGAUAUCACUGCAUUCAAACACACUCAUGUAUGCAUUAUGAAUUGUGAGAUAAUAAAAAAUAUGCAUUGAUUAUCAAAUUCAGAAUGAAGUUAGUGAUUGUUUAAGAAUAAAGAUUAUGUUAUCAAAAAAA